GCGACGGGACCGUCACCGUGGAGGACAUCGCCCAGGCUUACAACUCCGACUUCGAUCCGGACGUGCUGUCGGGCAGGGCGAAGCCAGACGCCGCGCUCGCGAUGUUCCUCGACCAGUUCGACACGGUCGAAAAAGACGGCAUCGUCACACUGGAGGAGUUCGUGGAGUACUACAAGAGCGUGUCGGCCUCGGUCGACAACGACGACUACUUCGAGCUGAUGAUCCGGAACGCGUGGCACAUCCCGGGCGGCGAGUUGGCGCCAGAGCCCGAGGAAGUGGCAACGUGCUGCGCGGAGACGGGCUGGGGCAUUCGAGCUCCCGGCAGCAGGGAUGCCGAGGUGCAGCUCCUGCUGAAGGCCCUGCGCGCCAGCGGCAGCCCAGAGGCUGCCCAGCGGUUCGGCGGCAUCCUGCUGAAGUGGGCGCAGGAGGGCAGGCCGUAUCGCGGCCGCGUUUUCUCCGCGGCCUCCGUCGAGGCGGCGGUCGCGCAGCUGGCGCCCGCGGGGCCGGGCGCGGCCUCAGGCGCUGCCCCCGAGGAGGCCGCCGGGGCAGCGCGGCGGCCCGCCGCG